AUAGCUCCGGGUGCGUGUGCGCACUGCACCCGCCCCGCGCCCCGAGGGGGGCAGCUGUGACGCCGGGAAAACUCUCAAUAACAUACAAAUUACUCAUGGAGCAAAUUAACUGUGUGUGUGAAGGGCCGAGCCACAGGCAGAGCCAUGGAAGAUCCCCCUGGCACACUGGAGGGGUAAAAGUCCAGCAUGCUGAGCUGAUUCACACAAGCAGAGAGUCCAGCUGACAGGCAUGAUAUUCAGAGGUGUUGAUGGCUGGCACGAACAGGGUCCACAUUUGAGGAGUGUGACUGCCAAAGAACAUGGCUGCAGACAGCUUAUCAAGCAAAGCCCUGAAGAUCAAGCGUGAGAUGGGCGAGAACACACCCCUGUUGUCGGAUGAGGAGCUGAUGGGGUUGUCAGUGCGGGAGCUGAACCACCACCUACGGGGCCUCUCCAAGGAAGAGGUGGCGCGCCUAAAGCAGCGCCGGCGUACACUGAAGAACCGCGGCUAUGCAGCCAGCUGCCGGGUUAAGCGUGUCUGUCAGAAGGAGGAGCUGCAGAAGCAGAAGAUGGAGCUGGAGUGGGAGGUGGACAAGUUGGCCCGCGAGAAUGCUGCCAUGCGCCUUGAGCUGGACACCCUGCGAGGCAAGUACGAGGCCCUGCAGGGCUUUGCCCGCACCGUCGCUGCCCAUGGCCCAGCUGCCAAGGUGGCCCCUGCAAGCGUCAUCACCAUCGUCAAAUCCAGUACCAACCAGGCCACAUGCUCCUAGUGCCUGCCUGCCCUGCCGUGAAUUGAGUCCUCUCUCCAUGGCUGGGCCCAGCUCUCUACCUAGAAUGGACUGCAGCUGCACUGGCUCCUCCCCCAGCCCCUCCCAGAGCCAGAAUCAACUUGAAGACCCCCAGAACCCUCAGCCCUCAUUUCUCCUCUUCCCCGUCCCCUCCUCCACCUGCCUUAGACCAUGUGGUGGCUUAGGCCUGUCCCCCACAGGUGAAUCCUUGAGUUCCCCCCUGCCAAACCCACACACACUUGUCUUAUGUUAAAAAGUCCCCUCUUUCCUUUCCCUGCCCUUGUCCCUCCUGGCUUUAGAAGUGGGGAAAACCCUCUCACUUCUCCCUGUCAGGGGCACAGCAUCUUUGUAUGCCUGGCACCAAGGCUUGUGUAGGAAGAAAGAGAGAGGGAGAACUGGGAGCCAUCUUAAUGGCUUAUUCUGCUUAAUAGAGCACGGUGCAGGGAUUGGAACAUCCGUCCAGAGACUUACCAAGAGCUGCUGUGACCUCCCAGUCUUAUAGUCCACAGCCCUCCCUGCUCUCUCCUGCAUCAACUACAUUUCAGCUCUCCCUACCAGUGGCCCUGGGCAGCAGUGUAAUGCCCAGGACAGUGCCGGCUGCCACGAUGCUGAUAGUCGCGAUGCAAUCAGCCAUCACUGUGGCUCUGAUUAUUUUUGCACCCCCCUAACAGAGGCAGCACCCAGUCAUCUCCCCCCCGACUCCUGUUUAGUUACCCUACUGCUCUCUGUGUUUUUCCAGGAAGAGCUUGAAAUGCCCUGUACCAGAAGAGGAAAGAACAGAGGCUCCCCCAGGGGGUUAAGCAGAAGUUCCAGGGAGUGGGAAGUAAUCAGAGGAACUAGGCAGUGCAUGGGGGAAAGAGGGUCAUGUUCAAUAGAGAGAGGAAGGUGAAUGCAGGAUGAUGUGUAAAAGGGAGAACAGGUCUCUGUGGCAGCUGUUUAGAUCAGGUCAGAAUGUGGCACUUAAACAUGUACUAGACACCAUGGGAAUUACCACACUCAAGCCAUUGAUUCAGCUGCAGGGGUGACUAUAACAUGGGAUGGAGUUAUGGAAAUCUCCCUCCAGUGCUAUCGCAGUGAAGUUAAAUUUCUAAGAUCUCCUGUCUGGAAGAGAACUACCGGUAGCUUUAGAAUGAAUGAGACCUGGGUAGUGGAAGGGGGUGGGAGGAAGAGAGAAAGGGAAUGUAGAGCAAUAGAAAGAGAACAAAGUAUGUGAGACAGAUGGACAGAGGAGGAGUGGCAGGGGAGGACCUGG